AUUUGCGGAAUCGAGUUCAGUCAUAGGAUAGCCCUGCAGUAGUAGCGGAAAUUCUUAGCAUAUACGUCUGGCAAGCAGCUUUUAAUACGGAACGCGAUUAGGUGUUGUUCGAAAUGUUUCUGAACUAGCAGACACCAUGAGGAGUAGGAGUAACUCCGGUGUUCGUCUGGAUUAUUACCAGCGCGUCGUCCAAAAAGUAAUUUUCUCGAACCAGGAUCCAAUAACUGGAUUAUUACCAGCAAGUGAAGAGUUACGGGAUGCCUGGGUCCGGGACAAUGUAUACAGUAUACUGUGUGUAUGGGGGUUGGCAUUGGCUUAUAGGAAAAAUGCAGACUUGGAUGAAGAUAAAUCUAAGGCCUUUGAACUGGAACAGAGUGUGGUUAAAUUAAUGAGAGGAAUAUUGAUUGCAAUGAUUAAACAGGUGCACAAGGUGGAAGCUUUCAAGUUCUCUCAGAAUCCUAAAGAUGCACUCCAUGCCAAGUAUAGUAUCAAGACGGGUGAUACUGUGGUUGGAGAUUAUGACUGGGGACAUUUACAGAUUGAUGCUACCUCCCUCUAUUUACUCAUGUUAGCUCAAAUGACCGCAUCAGGUCUUCAGAUUAUAUUUACUUUAGAUGAAGUAGAUUUUAUACAGAACAUGGUUUUUUACAUAGAAUCUUCUUACAGAAUAGCAGAUUUUGGUAUCUGGGAGAGAGGAGAUAAAACCAAUAAGGGCAUCCCUGAGUUAAAUGCCAGCUCUAUAGGAAUGGCGAAGGCUGCCUUAGAGGCUUUAAGUGAACUUAAUUUAUUUGGUGCUCGUGGAGGACCAGCCUCAGUUAUCCAUGUCUUGCCAGAUGAAACUGCUAAAUGUGCAGCUGUAUUAGAAUCCAUGCUACCCAGGGAAUCCAAAUCUAAGGAAGUAGAUGCUGGCUUAUUGAGUGUUAUUAGCUUCCCAGCAUUUGCAGUAGAUAAUGUAGAUCUUGUGAACAUUACAAGACAAACCAUAGUGGACAAAUUACAAGGAAACUACGGGUGCUGUCGGUUCUUACGAGAUGGUUAUAAAACUGUCAAAGAGGAUCCUAACAGGCUUUAUUAUGAACCUUAUGAAUUGAAGGUUUUUGAGAAUAUAGAGUGUGAAUGGCCAGUGUUUUGGUGUUAUUUAUUGAUUGACGGUAUAUUCCAGUCUAAUAGAACGAUGAUUUCAGAAUACAGGGAAGUGUUGAAUGAUGUACUUUAUACUUGCACUGAUGGAACUAAAGUUGUACCAGAAUUGUAUUAUGUAGAAAGUCAUUUAGUUGAAAAGGAAUAUAAAGAACCACAUAGUCAAGAAAGAGUAGCUGGUGGUAAAAUACCCCAAAUGUGGGGUACCUCAUUGUAUAUACUCAGUAGAUUAUUACAAGAUAACUUUUUACAAGUAGGAGAACUGGAUCCACUUAACAGGAGGUUUUGUACAGAACCUAAACCAGACUUAGUUGUUCAAGUUGCCAUAUUAGCUGAAGAUCCAGUAGUACAGGCGGCAUUAGGAAAGCAAGAUUUCUAUGUACAGACCAUAUCAGAUGUGGCACCGAUACAAGUUCACCCAGCAAGGGUUCUCAGUCAUCUCUAUUCACAGCUUGGCAAGAAUGAUCACCUUGGUCUCUCAGGUCGCCCCUCACAUGACAUAGGUCUUUUAAGCACCACCAAGAUCUAUGUCUUACGAGACCAGAUAUUUGUAUUUACACCUCAGUUUUUUGAUCAGCAUCAGUUCUACUUGGCAUUGGACAAUGAUCUUUUAGUAGAUAUGUUCAAGACUGACUUGGCCUAUUUAAGAUACAACUGGAAUGAACUUGGUCGACCCACUCUGACUAUGACAGUCACACAUAGCAUGUUGGAUAAGGAACAAAACCUUCAAGCAGCUGUUGCGUCUACUAUACGUAAACUACAAACUGGCUACACAAAUGGUGUAAGGGUCAAGCUUGGCAGGAUACAAGACUUCCUCAGCACAUCUUGUUAUUGUAGACUUACAUUCUUGGAAGGAACAACCAACGGCCCUGAUGACAGUGGUGGAGAGGAGAUUUCCAGAUACAUGGAAACUCUACUCUUUCCAACAUGUCCCAAGCCCAAUCUACCUGCCCCCAACAGAACUGAUAGUCUUGCGGCACCGGGGCCGGCUCGCUCAAAGAUGAGACGCAGGAGUUCAGUACAUGGAAUAGUACAGCGUACUAGAUCAGUACAUGUAGACCAAACCGAAACAGAAAUUAAAAUCCCUGCUCCUGGAACCUGGUCACCAACUCAUUCUCCCAGACUGCGACGUAAAAAGUCUGAAACCAGAGAGGUUGAACAUCCUGCCACUCGGCCAAGCUGGACAGAUGACCAGAGUGUGAUCAACAUGUACAAAGAAUUGGACCCUGUUGACCUGGUUGAACAGUUAAAGGACACCACAUCAUUGGCUGAACAGGCAGAUAUUGUACAUUAUCUCUAUGUAGCCAAAGGACCUAAGUGGGACACUGAAAUCACAGGACUCCCUGGAUGUACAGUAGAGAGCUUAUUGAUAGAACUUUAUUACAAGGCUGGUCACAUGAAACACUGGUCCAUUGUGCGCCAUACAGCAGGAAUGCUGGGUAAAAGAGUUGAAGAUUUAGCACAGGCAGCUACUGAUCUCAUUGUUAGACAGAAACAACUGACUGUAGGAAUGCCACCAGAACCAAGAGAGAAAGUUAUAACUGCUCCUCUGCCACCUGAUGAACUCAAGAAAAUCAUCUACACUGCAUGUGGUGAAGAUAGCAGUACAGCAGUACUCACACAGGAAAUAUUGUAUUACCUAGCAGCUUUCAUCAAGACUGAGCCAGCUCUGUUUAAUGAAAUGUUACGUCUACGAGUUGGUCUAAUUAUACAAGUCAUGUCAACAGAGCUUGCAAGGACUUUAGAAUGUACAGGUGAAGAAGCAUAUGAACAUCUAAUGAAUCUCAGUCCGUAUGAAAUAAAAUGUUUGCUUCAACAUAUACUGAGUGGAAAAGAGUUUGGUGUUACAAGUGUUCAUCCUACAAUUACAAAUCACAGCCAGGCUAGGCAGUUAUCAAUCAUAGGGUUACCUAAGGAAGAGAUAACAGGCAUUGCAAGAAUCAAACAUGAAGUCAAGACACGUAGGUGUAGUGUGAUCCAGCCAAUGUCACCACCCGGUACCAGCAUUGAAAAACUUGAAGAAGUCUUGCCAUCAGAAAAACAGGGUCAGUGGUUACGUAGGAGACGUCUUGAUGGAGCAUUGAACAGGGUGCCAGUAGGGUUCUAUGAAAAAUUAUGGAAAGUACUUGAGAAGUGUCAAGGACUGUCCAUUGAGGGCCACAUGCUGUGGCAGGGAAUGACAAGUGAAAUGACUGCAGGGGAAUUCAAGUUUGCCCUGAGUGUGGAGACUGUGUUAAAUCGUGUACCACAACCUGAAUAUCGACAACUCCUUGUAGAAGCAUUGAUGGUGAUGUCAUUGAUUGUAGAGAAUGAUUACGCUACAAAUCUUGGUGGUAUUAUUGCAGUUGAUAAACUAGUGUACGAGGCAAAUGAGAUAUUUCUCAAACAACAGGCUGAGGUUGAUGGUGAUGCCACGCUAUGCUGUGUACGUAAAGAUCCCUCGUUUGCUAAACCCGAUGUGCCAUUAUGCGGUGGAAGCGCUGGCAUCUGUCAACAUUUUUACGAUAGUGCACCGAGUGGACGCUAUGGUACCAUGACAUAUCUUGCAAAGUCAGCAGCCAUUAUGCUACAUUUCCAUGACCAUAAAAAUGACUGUGUCAUCAGCUAAGGAUACUGUUACAAGCAGUAAAUACCCUGUAAAUUAUAAAGUUACCAGUUGUAGACGAAAAUUUCGGUGUGUUUCGAAUCCCACCUAAGUAAUUUCUUUAACAUGACAGUAAUGUGUUUCUAAUGCAGAAAUAUGGUACAUGUACCAUAGUUGUUGUCAUGGAACAGGGAUUUUUUUAAACAAGGGAACAGUGGCGCAGCAGCCUCAUGCCAUGGCCAUGCAGCCCUGGGGAGCAGAUCCUCAGGCAACCAUAAAAUUCCGAUUGACCAGGGAUCACAUGUGGCCUCAGUCUUCAACUGUGACCUGUCUGAUAUUAAUUUUGGCCCCAAGGAAGCCAUUUUAACUUAAAAUUAUCAAAAACUCCACAUCCUGGUAGGGAGAACCCUAUCUCCCCCACUUGGUGGCGCCGCUGAAUUGCAGUACUCCAUCUUGCAGUUUUUUUCUGGAAAAAACCCCUGUGGAAGUAUGUAAGAUGGUGUGUAUGAAAGCUGUAACCUAUGUGGCAGAGGUUGCCAUAAAUUGGUAAAUUAGAAGCAAUAUUUAUCAGGUUCUAGCCAGCUUUUGUUGAGAAAUCAUUGUUCUGCAGUUGUCACAGAUACCUAUUCUUUCUUUUUAUACUUAAAUAUGUGUAUGAUACUGAAGGCUGCUACUAAAAUGAAGGAUUAUUAUUUGUGUUUUUAAUGGCACAUUCUCACUCUCUAACUCCCGGCUGGAUCUUUAUGCUGUAGUUAUCAAGCAUAAUGGUAGUAAAUGUUUACUGCUGUCUUACUGCUAUGUUUAGUUCAUAUGUAAAUAGUACAUUGAAUUGUGCUUUUUUUAUGUUAUUUUUUACAGUAUGGAACAACAAGAUACUUUUUUUAAUUUUUUUUUUAAAUUACCUACUGCACAGAUUAUUUUUGCAUUUAAUAAAGGGGGGGAAACUCAAUUGAAAUAUGAAUAGGUAUGCAUUCCAGAGGGGGCAAGUAAUUUGGUCUUGAUUCCUAUAACCUGUCAGUUCUCUUUAUCAAGCACUGCAAACAAUCCGACAAGUUCUGAAAAUAAAUUGGAACAACUUAAUUUGAAAUCUGAAUCUGUACAACCCAUUUUUCAAUUGACAACCCUCCGCCCCCCGCCUUGAAUUGUAUAAAGCAAAAUGAUUACCGUAUUCAUCAAUAAACUAGUCUUGAGUUCCGCCAUAACCUUGAAAACUCUGAUGUACAAAAAGUACCAAGCAACAACAAAAUUACACAAGCUAGAAAUAAAUCUCCCAUUUUUGCACAAAAACUGACUGAUGUCGCUUUAACUUGAAACUUGUUUAUUGAGUUUUAGUAAUAGCCUGUUGAUGUGUAUGUGUGACCUGUUACAUUUCAUGUAACUAACUGUACAGUACUUGAGUAAGCACCAUUUUCCUACCUCAUUGUGAUGUGUUUUGGGAAUCCUGCAGUUUUACUCUGAAUUGUCAGUCUAUGUGGCCCACUUAAACUUGUAUACCAUUAUUUCUUUGAUAUCCCACAAUAAAAACAAACAUAUACCUAGUCUUAAAUAAUGAAAAUACAAAAUUCACUAUGAAGUAAAAUCAAACAUAAGGAAUUUAAGUUGCCAGGAACUUGCAUAAAUAAUUAUUACACAUAAUUCUUUCAAUUUAAAUAUAUAAACAUAAUAUUUAAAUAUAUCUGAUAUUUUGGUGAUACACAGUACUUGUUCAUAUUGUUAUGGAACAAGUUAUACAUCUGUAAUUAGUAUGUCAUUGUCCAGUUCGAUUUUUUCUGAAACUAGACAGAUUAUUGUUGCAGAGAUUAAGGGAGGACUUUGCUGUGGUUUGAUAGAU